AUGAAAGAAUAUGCAGACCAACUUCCAACGACUGGUCUCCUUCCUGAAUGGGAAGAAGAUAUCAAAAGGCUAAUACCGGAGGAUUUGAGAACGAAGUAUCACGAAAUCUUUGAAAAACAAAUGGAAGAAACGAGAGAGCGUUAUUAUCAGGAUUUACAUAAAUUGGGAAAACGACAAAUUUUAAGCAUGGAAUGCGGCAGUGAUUUAUCAGAUCCACAUUUUAAAUUGCCGGGACGCACAGAAAACAGGAAUAAAUUCUUGAGAAAUCGAGAGCGAAUAGCAAAAAAAUACUUUCUUUCUCAUAAAUUAAUUAGAAACAUAGUGAGCAAAGCAGAAGUUCUUCCCGAGUUGCUGUGCAAUUUUGAAAAAUAUCGAGAUCUCAGCUUUCUGGAAUUACCAAACUUUCAGGAUUUAGUAGAUGCAGAUUUAAAUAAAGGAGUCGCAAUGAUUACAAAAUUAUAUUACAACAGUAUUGUAAGACUUAUUUCUCAACCUCGUUAUCUGCACGAUAUACCAAAAAAAAUCCUUCCUGAUUUGUUAAAUUGCGCAUCAAGGCUUCUUGCUCUUCAGAUUAUUUUUCUGUUAAUCAAAACGAUUGAACAUUUGCUUGAUGUUGUAAAUGAUUCCUUGCGGAUUCCAGUUUUAUCACUGAAACUGAAAUGUGAAAACAACGAAUUGUUUGUUGCACCUUUAAUGCGCGAUAUUUUCUCUGCAUUUCAUUCCUUCAUCGACAACAUUGCAAACGCAGCUCGGCAACUACCGACACUUGAGUCUUGGUCGAAUAUUAAAGCUCAAAACGAAUUUAUUUCAGUUAUUUUACCCGAAUGGUAUUUACAACAAUCGCAUCAAAAAAUUGCCCAGAGUCUAGAAACGAAUUUCCAACCGAUAAAUACUUAUGUGGAUGAAUUUCAUGAACAAUUUCAAGUCGUUUACAACCCGGACACACAUGAAAAUAUUAUUAAUUAUAUUGCACAAGGUCACGAUUUUGAAACUUGCUUAGAUAAAGUUGAGGACUUUAAAAAUUAUGUUUCGGAAAUUAAUGGAAUUACUGGAUUCGAAUACUUUCUAGUUGGAAAACUUUGCCAAAAGGAGGCCAAAAUGGGACUAAAAGUCUACGCGGAAGAUGUGCAAGAUCUUAUAAUUAGGGAACUGAUUAAAAGGCAUAGAAACUUCAAUCUUGAAAUCUGUAAAGAAUUUGAAGAAUUGUCAGAAAAGGCUUUAAUUGUUCCGCAAAAUACGAAAGAAUUGCUUGAAUCAGGAAAAUACAUGAUUUACGCAACUUCAACUUUAUUAACACAAUUGAGCGAAAAAGUCUCGCUUUCUUUAAGCAUGAUGGCUUCACUACUUGAAUUGACUAACUUGCACAAGGAGCACAUCGAAUUAAAUAAUACAACAGUGAAUUGGUUGCAGAAAAUUCAGCCAAUUUUUGAACAAAACAGUUCGAACUUUGAGCAAAAAAAAUUUGAAUUAGAGGAACAGUUGCAAAGUAGAAUUAGUACUCUGAUUACUCAAAUUGAUGACAUGUUUCCGAGGCUGGUGAUAAUGGAUGAUAUGGAUGAUGGAAAACGAAUAAUCGAAUAUAUAGAGCACAUGCGAAAAUUAGUUCGAGGACUUGAUCGAAUGGACGAGAAAGUUGAAUGGAUAAAUCGGGAAGAAGAACUUUUUCAAUUUCCUCGAAGUGUUUAUCCAAAAAUCAAGGAAUUGAAAGAAAUUAUUUUGCCUUAUUAUGCUCUCAUUUAUCGUGCUCAUCAGUGGAAAAGAGCCAUGGGAGUUUGGUUGGACGGCCCAUUUGAAUAUCUCGAUGCUAAUGAUAUCGAGUACAAAACGACUGAAUAUUUUACGGAUUUUUCUAAAAUUAGUAAGACUUAUAAAACAAAGAUCAAAAUGCAUAUUGCAAUGGGAUAUCCUUACAGUUUUGUAGGAUCAGUAGAUGAUCCAGAUCCUUUUCAACAACCUGCACCUGUAAAAUUGUGCUACCAGUUAUUAGAAGAAGUGAAAUGGUUCAAGCAAUAUGUGCCUCUGGCUCUUUGCUUUUGCAAUCCAGCUCUUCGCCAAAGACACUGGGAUGACAUGUCAGAAAUAUCUGGUUUUGAUUUGACUCCUAAUGCUGGAACAACUUUGAGAAAAAUCAUCACUUUGGAUUUGCUUGAUAACCUGGAUGAAUACGACCUCAUAAGUACGAGUGCGACGAAAGAACUUGCUUUGCAACAGCUUCUAGAUAAAAUGAUACACGAUUGGGACGAUGUUGUUUUUAAUACCACGCCUUUCAAGGAUUCAGGAGUAAAUAUUCUUACACAAUUAGAUGAUAUAAUAGCGUUGUUAGAAGAGCAUAUUGUUAAAGUUCAAGCAAUGCGAGGGUCUGCGUUUGUGAAACCGAUUGAUGAGGACGUUAAAGCUUUUUAUGAAUUGCUUCUCAGAAUGCAGCGCACGAUUGAAGAAUGGACUAAGGUGCAAGUUCAGUGGAUGUAUCUUUUACCAAUCUUUUCAAGCAAAGACAUUGUAGCACAAUUACCCGAAGAAGGGAUUUUAUUUUUUGAAGUAGACGGAACGUUUCGUAAAUCAAUGAAUGGAGUGUUUAGAGAACCGAGAGUGAGAGAAACUGCAGGAUCUAUAGGCCUUUACGAAAGUAUGCAGAAUGCAAAUGAAACUAUGGAAAAAGUACACGAAGGUGUUGUGAAUUAUCUUGAAAAGAAGAGAUUAUAUUUCCCCCGCUUUUUCUUCCUCAGCAACGACGAUAUGCUGGAAAUUCUUUCAGAAACCAAAAAUCCACUUCGUGUGCAACCUCAUUUGAAAAAAUGUUUCGAAGGGAUCGCCAAACUUGGAUUUAGUGAUAAAAUGGAAAUUUACUCAAUGAUCAGCGAUGAUAAAGAGGAAAUCAUGAUGGAAGAUUUAAUUUCAACAUCCGCUGCUCGAGGCUGUGUUGAAAAGUGGCUUGUUCAGGUUGAAGAGCAAAUGGUAAAAUCAGUAAGGCAUCAAGUGCUGAUGAGUUACCGAGAUUACGAAAUAAAUGACAGAGUUUCCUGGGUUUUAAUCUGGCCAGGAAUGGUAGUCCUAUGCGUUUCUCAGAUUUACUGGAGUAUCGAUGUACAAAAUAGUUUGAUAACUCACAUGAUAUCGGUUAUGGAAUCUCUUUACGAAAAAUUAAGAAAACAGAUUUUCGAAAUGGUAAAUCUAGUGAAAGGAAAAUUAACAAAGCAAAAUCGAACGACACUGAACGCUUUGAUAACAAUCGAUGUGCAUGCAUACGACGUGGUGAAGACUUUGAUUGAUAAGAACAUCACCAAGGAAUCAGAUUUCGAAUGGUUAGCGCAGUUGCGAUAUUAUUGGGAAGAUGAUGUUUUCGUCAGAAUAAUAAAUGCAACCGUGCCUUAUGCUUAUGAAUAUUUAGGAAACUGUCCUCGUUUGGUCAUAACGCCAUUAACUGAUCGAUGCUAUCGAACAUUAAUCGGAGCCUACGCUCUGCAUUUGAACGGAGCCCCAGAAGGUCCAGCUGGAACAGGAAAAACCGAAUCCGUGAAAGAUUUGGCAAGAGCUCUUGCAGUCCAAUGUGUAGUUUUCAAUUGUUCAGAAGGUCUCGACUACAAAAACAUGGGAAAAUUCUUCAAAGGCCUCGCAUCUUGCGGAGCUUGGGCUUGUUUCGACGAAUUCAAUCGAAUAGAACUCGAAGUUUUAUCAGUAGUAGCUCAACAAAUUCUCUGCAUCGUCCAAGGAGUUCGUGGACAUUUUGAAAAGUUUAUUUUCGAAGGAACAGAGUUGAUUCUUAAUUCUGCAGUCUACGUAUGUAUUACGAUGAAUCCAGGUUAUGCUGGCAGAUCCGAGCUACCAGACAACUUGAAAGUCUUAUUUAGAACAGUAGCUAUGAUGGUUCCGGAUUAUGCAAUGAUUGGAGAAAUAUUUUUAUAUUCUUCCGGAUUUGCUGAUGCGAGGGUUCUCUCCGUAAAAAUUGUUACGACCUACAAACUCUGCUCGGAACAACUUUCUUCCCAAUCUCAUUAUGACUAUGGAAUGAGGGCUGUGAAGACUGUUUUAACUGCAGCGCAGAAUAUGAAACUGAAAUUUCCGAAUGAAGACGAGAUGAUACUGAUGCUGAGGUCGAUUAUAGAUGUUAAUUUGCCCAAGUUCCUGGCUCAUGAUGUUCCCCUUUUUGAGGGAAUUAUUUCAGAUCUUUUUCCGGGUGUCACUUUACCAGCCCCGGAUUAUGUGGUUCUUUUGAAAGCAAUCAAGGAAAUUACGAAGAGGAGAAAUUUACAACCGGUUGAUGGAUUCUUGCUGAAGAUUAUUCAGGUAUUCGAGAUGAUGGUAGUGCGACACGGUUUUAUGCUCAUCGGUGAUCCUUGUGGGGGAAAAACAAGUUGUUUGCGCACUCUCGCUGAUUCUUUGACCCUGAUGAAAGAAUGGGGAGACGGCAAUGGAGCAGUGACCAAAUUUAUUACUAUGAAUCCAAAAGCAAUCACAAUGGGUCAACUUUAUGGUCAAUUUGAUCCAGUUUCUUCUGAAUGGACAGAUGGUGUUUGCCCUGUGGCUUUUCGUCGUUUCUGUGCUGAAGAGACACCUGACAGAAAGUGGCUAAUCUUUGAUGGACCAGUGGAUGCUAUUUGGAUCGAGAACUUGAACACAGUCCUAGAUGACAAUAAAAAAUUGUGUCUGACCUCUGGUGAAGUUAUGCAAAUGACAAACACAAUGUCUAUGAUCUUCGAAGCCAUGGACCUUCUUCAAGCUUCACCAGCCACAGUCUCAAGAUGUGGGAUGAUUUAUAUAGAACCCCAUGUUCUAGGAUGGCGACCAUACGCGAAAUCGUGGAUCAAUCAAGUUAAUCCAGUUUGGAGAAAAGGCAACGAAGAGCUCCUGGAUCAAAUUUUUGAGUGGCUGAUGGAUCCUUGCCUCGAUUUUGUUCGUAAAAAAUGUCGUCUUUCAGUAACGGCUGGUCAGAUUAAUCAAGUCAUGUCGACUUUGAAUCUUCUGGAAAUGUAUAUGAAUGACGCGAUUGAAGAAGCUCAGAAAGACUAUGAAGAUUACAUUGUAUCUUGGAUCCAAGGUUCAUUCCUGAUGGCCAUGGUCUGGGGAGUUGGUGGAACUUUGGAUUCCGAUACUCGGGUUGCCUUUAAUGAAUAUUAUUUGAGUUUCUGGAAAAAUGAACACCCAGAUAAUCGAGUGCCAGCUAAAAUUGGAGAUGCUCUGAUCUCCUUGCCAGGAGAGGGACUGAUUCAUGAUAAUUAUUACGUUUUUAAAGGAAAAGGAUCUUGGAAAAGUUUUGGAGAUUUGGCAAAGGUUGAGAAACUUGUGGAGACGCAGAGUAUCAGUCAGAUGGUAAUUCCGACUAUUGAUACGAUGAAGUAUCAGAAUAUGUUUAUGAGGCAUAUUAAAAACAGAAAGAGGUUUCUUUUGUAUGGGGAAACUGGAACGGGAAAAAGUUUCUACAUUCAGGAUCUGCUGAUGAACAAGUUGCAAGAGGAAAAGUACCUUCCAAAUUUUAUUAGUUUCACACCAAAAACUACAGCUGCGCAGACACAGGAACUUGUUCUUUCGAAACUAUUUAGGCGACGAAAAGGCCAUUAUGGACCAAUGGGUGGUGCGUAUUAUGUGGUUUUUAUUGACGAUGUUAAUAUGCCUACCAAGGAGGUUUACGGUGCACAGCCUGCUAUUGAAUUGUUGAGACAGUUCUUCGAUCAUGAGCAGUGGUUCGACUUGAAAGAACCACACAUGAUAAAUGUCUAUGACAUAAUGUUUCUCUGUGCGAUGGCUCCGCCAGGAGGAUGUCGUCAAGAAAUCUACCACAGAUUUCUGAGACACUUUAAUCUUUACACCAUCAGCAAUUUCUCCAAAGAAAGCAUUUUCCGAAUUUUCACUAGUGUCGCUUUAGUUGGACUAAAAAGAAAUGGAUUCGCGACAGACGUUUUGUCGACAAUAAACAAUAUCGUGACUGCUACAAUGUCAGUUUUCAAAAGUGCGAUUGAUGAUCUCAGACCAACUCCAGCAAAAUCGCACUACCUUUUUAAUUUAAGAGACUUUGCAAGAGUCGUCACUGGAUGUACAAUGAUCAAGAAAGAAUCCGUUGAGGCUAAAACGACUUUCAUCAGGCUCUGGGUUCACGAGAUUCUUCGAGUUUUUGGAGAUCGUCUUAUCGACAUGAAAGAUCGGCAAUGGUUUUUUGAAAAAGUAAAGGAAACAGUCCUAAGUGUCUUCAGAGAACCUUUCGAUUAUGUUUUUGAACAUUUGCCCAAAUUUGAAGGCCAGUUGACUGAGAAGAGCAUGAAGAGUUUGAUAUUUGGUAACUUCAUGGAUGUUGAUGCAAUGCAAGAAGACAGAAAGUAUGAGGAAAUUUUGUCUAUGGAGGAGUACAAAGAAGUCGCACUCUCGUGUUUGGAAGACUAUAAUAACACCCAUAGAAAUAAAAUGGAUAUUGUUUUAUUCCGCUAUGCGUUGGAACACCUUGCUCGGAUUUGUAGAAUUAUUGCGACGCCUUGUGGAAGUUUAUUGAUGGUGGGUGUUGGAGGAUCUGGAAGACAGUCUUUGACUAGACUUGCAGCCAGCAUGGCAGGCAACGCACUAUUCCAGCCAGAAAUCGGAAGUAGCUAUGGUGUGAGCGAAUGGAGAGACGACAUUAAAAAAGUUUUGAAAAAUUCCGGAGGUACUGGUAAAGACUUAGUCUUUCUUUUCACCGAGGGUCAAGUCAAAGAAGAAACUUUCCUUAGCGAUAUUGAUAGUCUUCUAAAUUCUGGGGAAGUUCCCAAUCUUUUUACGACUGAGGAGAGACAAGAAAUAAUUGAAUUGACGAGGCUAGCAGCUCAGGGUGGAAAUCGAAACCUGGACAUUUCGAUCCUUGCAGUUUUAGGUUUUUUCGUAAAUCGCUGCAGAGAAAAGCUCCACAUUAUGCUCUGCUUCAGUCCAGUUGGUGACUCUUUUCGAACCAGAUUGCGACUCUAUCCAAGUUUGGUCAACUGCUGCACGAUCGACUGGUUUGAAAUUUGGCCUGAAGAUGCUUUGGAACAAGUUGCUGUAAGAUUCACGACAGGCUUAAACGUCGAGGAAAAUAUUAAAGUCAAUGCUGUCGUCGCCUGUAAGUUCUUCCACGUUUGUGCAAAGGAUAUUAGUACUCGAUUUUAUGAGGCCUCUGGAAGGAAAACUUACAUCACUUCGGCUGCGUUCUUGGAUUUGAUUCAAGCUUACAGCGAUUUGAUGAACUUAAAGCAGGAAGAAUUAACGUUUGCUAGAGAUCGUUAUUUAAACGGUUUGGAUAAGUUGGAAUUUGCAGCACAACAAGUUGAAAAGAUGAAAGAGAUUCUUUCGGCUUUGAGGCCUCAACUUGAAUCUUCAGCUAAACUAACAGCAGAAACGAUGAAGAAGAUCGAAAGUGAAAAUGUUGCAGUUGAACAGGCAACGAUUUUAGUUAAAAAAGAUGAAGCUGCGGCAAACGUUCAAGCUAAGAUUGCGGGAGCUUUAAAAGCUGAAUGCGAGGCUGAUUUGGCCGAAGCUCUACCCAUUCUUGAAGAAGCGAUAGUUGCUUUAAAUACUUUGAAACCCGCGGACAUCACACUGGUGAAAUCGAUGAAGAAUCCUCCCCAGGGUGUAAAACUAGUGAUGGCAGCCGUUUGUGUCAUGUUAAACAUUCCUCCUGAUAGGGUGAACGAUCCAACAACAGGUGGGAAAAUUUUAGACUAUUGGGGUCCUAGUAAAAGAAUACUGAGUGACAUAAAGUUUCUCGAUUACUUGAGAGACUAUGACAAGGACAACAUUCCAGUGCAAACAAUGCAGACCAUAAAACGGGUUUACCUAACGGACAAGACUUUUGAGCCUAAAAUAGUCGCGAAAGCAUCUUCAGCAGCUGAAGGUCUAUGCAAAUGGGUUCGUGCCAUUGUUCUCUAUGAUAAAGUGGCAAAAGUAGUAGCACCCAAAAGGGAAAAAUUAGCUGCUGCAGAAAGUUCGUUUUCACAGGUCAUGGAUAUUUUGACUGCAAAAAGGGAGUCAUUGGCGGAACUAAAUAAAAAAUUAGAACUUUUGAAUGUCAGUCUCCAAGAUAUUUUGACAAAGAAGAUAGAUCUUGAAAAUCAGGUGACAAAUUGCAGAAACAAAUUGAUGCGAGCUGAGAAACUUAUACAUGGAUUAGGCGGCGAAAAGGACAGGUGGAUGAUAAGUGCAGAAAAUCUUCAGAAAGCUUACGAUACUCUUCCUGGUGAUAUUUUAAUUUCCUGUGGGAUGAUCGCAUAUCUGGGACCAUUUACGACAGCCUACCGAGCAGAGAAUAUAGAAAAGUGGCGAUUAUACGUAAAAAAUUUAAAAAUUCCUUGCUCCGAAGAAUACAAUUUCAUAGAAGUUCUGGGAUCUGAAAUAAAAAUAAAUUCGUGGAAUAUCUACGGUUUGCCUAGAGAUUCUUUCUCCACUGAAAAUGCAAUCAUAAUGGACAAAUCAAUGAGGUGGAGUCUCUUUGUUGAUCCCCAGAGUCAAGCAAACAAGUGGAUUCGGAAUAUGGAGAAAUUUAGCGAAUUAGAAGUUGUCAAAUUAACAGACAAAAAUUACAUGAACAUAGUGGAACAGUGCAUUGAAUACGGAAAGCCUAUUCUGAUAGAAAACAUCGGAGAAGUACUAGACGCUUCUCUGGAUCCAAUUUUAACAAAGAAUAUCUACAAGGUAGCAGGAAUCUGGUACGUAAAUUUGGGAGAAAAAAGUGUCGAAUACAAUUUAAAGUUCAGAUUCUACAUGACAACCAAACUUCGAAACCCCCAUUAUUUACCAGAAGUCUACAAUAAAGUCACUCUGAUUAAUUUCGCGCUGACGAUUGAAGGAUUGGAUGAUCAGCUCCUCGGAAUCGUGGUAGCGAAAGAGAGGCCUGAUCUUCAGGAAAAAAGGGAAUAUUUGAUAGUUCAAGGCGCUGCGAAUAAAAAGGCCUUAAAGCAGGUUGAAGAUAAUAUUCUGAAGACCUUGUCGAUUUCGGGAGCGACUAUCUUGGAAGAUGAGGAAGCCAUAGAAAUUUUAGACUCUUCAAAAAUCCUCUCUGUGGAUAUUAUUAAGAAACAGGAAGCUGCGAAAGAGACUGAAGCCAAGAUCGAAAAUUUCAGGCAAAAUUACAAGCCAAUCGCGAAACACAGUUCUUCUCUUUAUUACACAAUUACUGACUUGCCUAAUAUUGAUCCCAUGUAUCAAUAUUCUUUGGCUUGGUUCAUCAAUCUCUAUAUUCUGUCCAUCGAAACGGCGAACAAGAGCAAAAUACUUGAAAGAAGAUUGACUUUCUUGAGGGACACUUUUACCUACAAUUUGUAUCAAAACGUCUGUCGGUCUUUGUUUGAAAAGGAUAAGCUCUUGUACUCAUUUGUUCUCUGCACGACGAUUCUGCUCGCAAAUGAAGAGAUUAAUCGAGAUGAAAUGAUGUUUUUACUUACUGGUGGAAUUGCCCUGGGAAAUGAAGCCGAAAAUCCAGCCUCAAGUUGGCUCUCUGAUAAAUCUUGGGACGAAAUCUGUCGCGUUGGUGACUUGGCUUCCUUUGCAGAUUUCAAGAAAAGUUUUAUUCACAAUAUGAAUUCUUGGCAGAAAUUUUAUGACCUGAUGAAUCCACAAAAUUCUCCUUUGCCUGAACCCUGGGAGAGUAAACUAACAAUAUUUCAAAAGUUAAUUGUUAUGAGAUUGAUCAGACCGGACAAAGUUACUGCAAAGGUAACGCAAUUUGUGGAAGGAGCAAUGGGAAUGAAGUAUGUGACACCGCCCCCCUUCGAUCUCUCAAAAUCCUACGCUGAUUCAAAUUGCCUCGUACCCUUGAUUUUCAUCCUUUCACCAGGAUCUGAUCCGAUGAGUGCUUUAUCAAAUUUCGCGGAUAGUAUGGACUAUUCCUCGAGGUUUACUUCCAUUUCCCUGGGUCAAGGUCAAGGUCCAAUUGCCCGCAAACUUAUUGAGCAAGGCCAGAAUGACGGAUCUUGGGUUUGUCUUCAAAAUUGUCAUCUCGCCGUUUCCUGGAUGUCAGACCUAGAAAAAAUUUGCGAAAAUUUUGACACAAGAAACACGUCGAUGAAUUUCAGGCUAUGGUUAACUAGUUAUCCUUCGGAUAAAUUUCCCAUAACCGUUUUGCAAAAUGGGGUCAAAAUGACGAAGGAACCACCAAUGGGACUUCAACCGAAUUUAUUAAGAUCCUACAAGUCAGAGCCGGUCAAUGAUCCAGAAUUUUACGAAGGCUGUCCAGGGAAGGCGAAAACUUUUACGAGAUUACUGUAUGGGCUCUGCUUCUUUCAUGCAGUUGUGCAGGAAAGAAGAAAUUAUGGUCCACAAGGGUGGAAUAUUCAGUACGGGUUUAACGAAUCGGAUUUCCAAAUCUCGGUUCAACAACUUCAGAUAUUUAUCAACGAUUACGAUGAAGUUCCUUUUAAAGCGAUUUUGUAUCUAACUGGAGAAUGUAAUUAUGGUGGGAGAGUAACUGACGACCGAGAUCGAAGAUGUUUAAAUACGAUUCUGCAGGAUUUUUACAACCCGGAUGUCAUUUCAAAUAUAAAUUAUACUUUCUCGAACGUGGGACCUGAAUAUUCUCUUCCUAAAAGUAAUUCGUCCUGUUUCGAUGCUUCGCCAACUGCGACUGUUCCCUGUAAUCCAACCAUUGAAUCGAAAAAGCUUUUGGAAAUAUCAAGUUCUCUCGUUAUUCCUGCAUUCAUGUGUAAUCCGAGAACUUCAGGUAUCGGUACAGUUUCUUUUUAUAUGCUGAAUGCAAAACUUCCUCCCACCUGGGCAAAAGCGAGUGCGUAUCCGACUUUGAAACCCCUGCCCAGUUUUAUAAAUGACUUUCUGGAACGACUGAAUUUUUUAAGAAAGUGGUUAGAAAAUGGAAAACCGCCAACUUUCUGGAUAUCAGGAUUUUCAUUUGUUCAUGCAUUUUUAACUGGUGCGACACAAAAUUUCGCGAGAAAGUACAAAAUACCGAUAGAUAGACUGGAUUUUAAUUUUGAGGUCUUAUCAAAAUUUGAAUCUGACGCACCCCCAAUAGAUGGUGUUUAUGCUUACGGGAUGUUUCUUGUCGGGGCAAGAUGGGACAUGAAGAAAAUGGUGCUCGCAGAAAGUAUUCCAAAAGUUCUUUGGGAUGAAAUGCCUUUGGUUUGGUUUAAACCGACAGAGGUAUCUAAUAUUGAAAUUGGGAUGCGGUAUGAAUGCCCUUUGUACAUAACUUCUGCUCGAUUUGGAAUCCUAAAAACUACAGGACAUUCUUCUAACUACGUCCUGUCAAUAUUGCUCGACAGCAAUAUCGACGUGAGGCACUGGAUUAAAAGAGGUCUCGCUCUUUUGUGCCAACUCGACAAUUAA